AUGACUUCACUCAGCCUCCGCCAGCAAGCACUGCAAAAGAUCGCCGCACUCUCAGCCUCCAGCUACACAACGUCCUUUGACCGAUCGGAUCUUGACCGUCUCUGCAGAGCGACUGGGAAGUCUAAAGAUGUCGGCGCCAAUGGUUCUGCAGGUGGUCAGCACGCGUCACUGGCGCGAGUGCCCAUGACCAUCCGCGAAUUCGAGGUCCUCCUAUCGCUCUGCAAAGCAGCGCCCCUCGUACAAAGCAGUCAGAGCGCUCAGAAGCUCGUCAGCCAGCUUGUGCCUUAUGUCCUCGAUGCGCAUGCCCAGACGUUCCAGCUGUCGCCGUUCUUCCGCAACAUUGAACCCUCGCCGAUCGAAGCGCUCUCCUUCAACCUGAUUGCGGCUUUGUUGUCCCUCGGAACACACUACAACAACCUUCACGAAACCGUGUCUGACGCAAUCUGGUCGUUCUUGGGCUCGCUCAACACCGCUAUCCAGGGGAUCGUGCCUGCCAACCCCGACGAAGACGCCGAACACAGUAUAGAGGACGCAAUACGCACAGCGACCAUAGCCAUCGCGAUACUGGGGUUUUUGGAUGCCGCGGCCGCUCAGGCAAGUUUCUGGAAGACUGGCGGCCGGCUUGCUCUUGUCCAGAGAGUUCGUGCUUUGCUCUCGCAGAACUUCCUAACCGCCGUCGACGGAGCCUUCUCAGUCAUUCGCAACUCACACACGUCAGAUCGCCAUGCAAAGGAGUGGAAGCGGUACUUGCGCCACUAUGCUCACCAAGGACGGCCUUUGGGGCCGCUUCUUCUGGAGCGUAGCUUCAUGUGGCUCAUGACUUCGGCCACUUCGCUCCUAAUCGCAGAUGCCAAAGCUCUUAAGAAUAUGCACAUCCUGGAUUUGUUCAUGGCCAAGGGCGGCCAUCUUACCCCGACUGUGCCGGAUGCCGAUUUUCGGUCGAUCGAGUUGUAUGCUGGAUUCGCCCAAGAAGAAAUGGACCGGCUGGAAGCUUCCGCGGAUUUCUUGCAGCUCAGCGCACCCACUCAACGGAGCCUCGCCUGUGCGGUCAAGUCUUGUGCAAUCAUCAGCUAUCUCAAUUGCUCCAUGCUGAACGAAGAUGCCGCCGAACCUGAAGUGUUAUUGUACUGGCUGACAGAAGCCCUCGAGGACACCGCCGGCAUGGCCGAUGAGACUCUUGCGUCCACUGUUCUCCGCGCUCUGGCAAUCAUCUGCCGUAUCUCGCCUACGUCGGGUCCCGGUAUCGUCAAGAUGCUUCCGCGAUUCAUCGUUCAGGCCUCCCCCUCAAGUGCCACCGUUGCGAUGGCAGCAAAGUGUCUCGCAUUUGCGCUGCAGUUGCUCUCACACGACGCCGUCAUUUCCACCCUGUACACCCUUGGGAACGUACUGAGUCCCAACCCAGAGGAGACUGCCGUGAAUGGAAUCAACGGCGAUGUUCCAUCGGACGAAGCAGGAGUGGGCAAUGUGUACCAGGGAAGAAAGUCGACAGCCAGCGAGAUUUCCCUGGAGCUGAAGGGAGAGGACGAAUCCACUACCGUUUGUUGCAACAUUGUUCAAGCCAUCUGUGGUAUUGCGAGCGUGUGCAACGACGAGAAGAUCACCGCUCUUGCUCAAGCAAUGCUGCUUCAGAAGCUAACGAAGGUGAACCCCGUUGUCGAUGCACGCAUCAUCAUCGGCGCUGCCACCUUGUCUCUCCACGGAGGACAGCUCGAAUUCCGAUCGCUGCUUAAGUCAUACUCGCGUAUCUGCCGUCUUGCGCUGCAAGAGGACUCCGUGAUUGUUCUCAAGGCUGUUAUGGGAGCACGCAACUACAUCUCCGCCCACGUGCGGCGCAACUCGCCUCUCUUCCAAAUCUACUGGGAGCACAUUCUCGAAGAGGUUGUCUCUCGUGGAGAUGUACACCAAUCAAACCACCCUAAAGAGACCGACUUUGAAUUUGCUGCACGGGAGAUUGAACAGCUCAUCCAACCACUCUCCGUUUUUAUGUCCACACAUGAAGUCGCGGCAGACAGAGCCUUCGAAGAUGACGACAGCCACUCUCUGGUCCGUGAUGCCUGGUUCAACAUGGUGGUGCAUGGCUUCAACUCCACGACGCCACGAGGCAAGCGCGUUCUGGACGAUUUGCGGAUCAUGGCCAUUCACUCACCUCCUUUGGUCGCGGAGCAGAGAGGGGAACAAAUUGAAAGUGACAUUGAGCUCAACACAGUCCUUCGUCGUGCCAAUACGUCGGAGCGCGAGGCGAAGCAGAAGCAGCAGCUUGGCGAGCUUGUUCCCUCCAAGGCUCAAGAGAUUCGGGCGCUAAGCUACAGGAAGGUCAUCUUCUUGCAAGCCUCAUACCUUGUCGAAAGUCUGCGAGCAGAGUCUGGCGACUGCACGAAGGUGCUCUCUUAUUUCCUUGAACCCAGCAUGCAGAAGGAAGAUGUAAGCAAUGUCAUGAUUGGUAUCACCAGCUCUAUCGUCGAGCUAUACCUCGCGAAAACGCUGGCCGGUCGUGAACCGACAUUCUCGGCGCAGUACGCUGCAGCCCAGCUGGCCGCCAUAUUCUGUGCCUGUUGCCACCGGAUCAAGCGUGUUCAACUGGCUGCUGUGGAAUGCGCUGAUCGAAUCGUUCGCGAAGUGCCGUCUGCCUUGUGCCAGCGUUCGUCGCUUUUUGCGCUUCUCGAACUGUUGUCGCUCAUGUGGACCAGUUGCCUGGAGGCAGAGACGGACAUGUAUGAGCCGAGGUCGACCUUCAGCUCGAAGCUGGGUAACGUCACUGUAGAGCUCUCGGACGAUUAUGAAUUCAGGAGGAUCACUCUCAAUAGCCUCUACAAGAAGGCCAAGUCCUGGGUGGCUCUGGUCAUCGAUCUAGCCCCUUCCGACGUCAAGGGCCUUCUGCAGACGUACCUCUCCGAAUACUCUGACGAUGGGGCCUACGGCCAUCUCUCACUGGGACGCUCCUUUGCGGUGGAGAUGGGUUCUUCUGUUCCAUCAACCGAUCAGCGGCUCACUUCUUUGGAAGCUGUCGGUGACACGAGAGUCAACAACGCUUCGGAUUUCAUCGCAUCAUAUACAACAAGACAGGAGUAUAGAUAUGGCGAGGCUUUACCCGAUCAAGGCGGUGACCUCUUCAAUAUCAUGCCCCUGGCGCGCAGGGCGUCUUUCAUCAGGACCGCCCCGACAGAUCGGACGGACGCGGUUGCGGCAUUGACGCAUGUCGAGUCCCGCCUCAAUGAGACCAAACGGACGCCCCUCAGUGACGUGCGGGAUAUCCUGCGCCGGGCAGCAGCUCUCCUCUGUCGUAGCGAGAAGGACGAGAGCGCCGUCGCUCAUUCCUUGGUCAGCAUCCCCUUCAAGAUCUUCUCGAAAGAGUCCAUCAAGUUUGGUGUAUCUUUAUGGCUUGGUGUUAUGAACGAAAACCCCAGGAUGGAACCGCGUCUCCUCGCCGAGAUCGCUCAGCAGUGGGAAGCUACAAUUCAAAAGAAGCUUGGGUUAUUCAACCCUGCCAUGAUGCACCCUGAUCCUUUCUUUUUGAAAGAGGAGUUCGCUCCUAGCGAUAAUGAGGCCCUCGCACACAAGCGUCAGCAGGUGCAUAACCUCCUAGCGCCUCAUACGCGCCUGGUACAGUUUUUCGUCAGCCAUUUCAACGCAACGCGUCUCGGCAGCGUGGAUACGCAGCGAACCUUCCUACGACUUCUUGACCUGACAAUGGAUGCGAUGCGGGAGUCGGCCUCCCAUCCCAUGGCACGAGAGUUGCGCCUUCGCAUUGUCUUGUUCAGCCUGAGGGUGUUGAGAGUUAGCUCCACCACGGGGAAUCUUGCACAACUACGCUUCAAGGACAAAAUCCUGUCUGCCGCGCUGAGCUGGUUCAAAUACUCACCAAAGUGGUCGUUCGGUAGCAACCUCUUGCAGCUGAAGACCGAAGUACGAUUAAUUUCCGACGUCAUGCAAGGAUUGAAGGCCGUGGCUCAGAUCUCAGGCCAGACAAGUGGGAACUACAAGUCAAUUGGCCAGAAAGAGGCGCUAUUGGAGAUUUUGCUGCAGAGCGAGCAGGCGCGACUUGGCGUCUGGAUUCGACCUACGCACGAGGACCGGCACCAACGUCCUGAAAUCAUGAACAAGCAUGGAAGGGAGACUUCACUAAAGCCCCUCGUUCGGGUGGCGUGGAACGAGGAUCCAUCGCUUGCGAUUGAGCUCGUCAACCGCUUCCCCCUGCCUAGCGUCCACCAUGAUGUGCGCUGGCUACUGCUCAACUUCCCGGCCAAGGCCAUGCACGAUCCAGAGGCCCUGCCGAUUCUCUUGGGCAGCGAGCUGCCGCACGACGUGCGGUUCCAGCUCAAGUAUCUACUCUUCUGGGCGCCAGUCAAUCCCAUUACAGCCGUGACUUACUUCCUUCCGGCUUAUCGGAAGCACCCAUUCUUGACCCAGUAUGCCAUGCGCGCCUUGGAAAGUCACUCCAUCGAUGUGACCUUCUUCUACGUACCGCAGAUUGUUCAAGCACUUCGCCACGAUGCGCUUGGCUAUGUAGAACGCUACAUUGUGGAGACGGCGCAGUUCUCCCAGCUUUUUGCCCACCAGAUCAUCUGGAAUAUGAAAGCCAACAUGUACAAAGACGAUGAUGGCACCAUUCCCGACACGAUCAAACCAAGCCUGGACAAGGUCAUGGCGAAGAUGAUCAGCAGCUUCUCCGACGAGGACAAGGACUUCUACGAGCGAGAGUUUUCCUUUUUUGACGAGGUCACGAGCAUUUCUGGAAAGCUCAAGCCGUACAUCCAGCGCCCGAAGCCAGAGAAGAAGCUCAAGAUUGACGAGGAGCUACGCAAGAUCAAAGUCGAGAUUGGUGUGUACCUGCCGAGUAAUCCUGAUGGUGUGGUGGUGGGCAUCGAUCGCAAGUCUGGCAGGCCUCUGCAAUCCCACGCGAAGGCCCCCUACAUGGCCACCUUCCGCAUCCAAAAGACUCGCCAAGGCGUCGAGGAGACAGAAGCUGCCGUGGCAGAGCUGACCGAGAAUGGCGAGGCUGCGCUCGAGAAUACCUACGAGAUCUGGCAGAGUGCCAUUUUCAAGGUCGGUGACGAUUGCCGGCAGGAUGUUUUGGCUCUACAAAUGAUCUCUGCAUUCCGCGGCAUCUUCCACAAUGUCGGCUUGGACGUCUAUGUGUUCCCGUAUCGGGUCACCGCGACGGCACCGGGCUGCGGUGUCAUUGAUGUGCUGCCAGGAUCGAUAUCCCGAGACAUGCUAGGUCGCGAGGCAGUGAACGGCCUGUACGACUACUUCAUCAGCAAAUACGGUAAUGAGGACUCGCUGCGUUUCCAGAAGGCACGCAUGAGUUUCGUCAAGAGUAUGGCGGCUUACAGCAUCAUCUCAUUCCUCCUGCAAUUCAAGGACAGGCACAACGGCAACAUCAUGAUUGACGAAGCUGGCCACAUCAUCCACAUUGAUUUCGGGUUCUGCUUUGACAUUGCACCGGGUGGUGUCAAGUUUGAGCGUGCUCCAUUCAAGCUCACCGGUGAGAUGCUCGCCGUGAUGGGCGGCUCGAUGGACCACCAGGCUUUCAAGUGCUUUGAGGAGCUAUGCGUCAAGGCGUUCCUGGCCUCGCGUCCCUACGCCGAGAAGCUCAGCCAGAUCGUGUCGCUGAUGAUGGACAGUGGCUUGCCGUGCUUCAAGCCCGAGAGCAUCAAGCAUUUCCGCGAGCGGUUUGUGCUGGAGAAGAACGAGCGCGAGGCCGCCGAAUUUGUUCGGGACCUGGUGAAGAAGAGCGCUGGCAACUACAGCACUGUCGUCUACGACCAGUUCCAGCUGAUGACCAACGGCAUUCCGUACUGA